UGCAGGUUUGGUGUGCACCUACACGGUUCGGUUUGUCCGGGGCCUCCCCUGCGCUUUCCUUUCCGCAUUUCCUUCUCGAGGGAUUGUUGCUCUCCUUUGGCUUCGUGAUCUCUGCGCCAGAGGUCCGGAAACUGCUGGAACGAGCCGGAUCUCACCUCUUCAGGGACAGGCGAGAGGCGGCGCGGAGCCAGACCGGAACGAUUGGAGGUGUCUGAUGCGGAGAGAUUUCCUGGAUUUGGCGUGAUUUUUUUUUCCCCCAAACCUCCUUUGCACCGUGUGGUGUUUGUUGAAGAAAUGUUUGGGAGGUUGACUUUUCCACAACUACUUUUUGCUAGCAUCCUUGGAAUUGCUGGAGGAAUAUAUAUUUAUCAACCAAUAUUUGAACAGUAUUCCAGAGAUCAGAAGGAAUUAAAAGAAAAGUUGAAAUUGGCACAAGACUCAGAAGAGAAGAAAAAUUAAUACUGCGUGGAGUUGAAGUGUACUUGUUUAAAGUUCCAUUGAAAUUAUAUAUCGACUAUAAUCGAGUAAAAGUUUCUUAAAUAAUUUUAAAUGUAAAUAAAUCAUACAUAAUGAUUUUAAAAUGA